AUUGACUCACGGUUGCCAAUGCUUAAAGCAAAGGUGUGCGAGUGUGGUAUUGUGUGCAUUGUAUUAUGUGAGUAUCAGCGUGUGGCAGAGAAAAAAAAACGAGUACUAUACACUUCAUGUCGUUUUAUUUCGAUUCGUGGGAAAUUUUUAAUUGUUUCUGUGAAUUUACAAUGGAAGCGAAAUUAGUUGGUGAAUGUCAAAGUGAAAAAGUAAAGAAAAUAGAUUUUCGCGUUAAUUUUAUUUGUCGCUACUUAGAUCAGCAAAUAUUUGCUUCUUGUUCCAAGAAUAAUGGCUUACACAUUAAUGCAGUUAACUUCUGAUUCCGAUGCGCUGUAUUAAUAACACACCCAUGUACAUAGAUAGCAAUUAUCAACUUGUAUAAAUAUCUUCCGAUGGGGCACCGUUCCAGCAAAAUAUCUGCUGGCCUUACCAACGGUAAUAAAAAUUCAAUCAAGGAAACAUCAUCAUCCACCAAAUUAUCCAAACAUUCGUCACGUCGUCAUUCAACACGUUUUCCAAAAUCGUCUUCACCUGCGAAUAGUGAGAGUAGUAAGAUUUAUAGAAACUCAAUAGCAUCACUUACCAACAGUAACGUCACCGCUGUCUACGGUGAUAAGUUCUUGCCGAUUUUACGUCUGGAUAACGAUUCAAUAGCUGACACCUCCAACCUUUCAUCAGUGGCCAGUAAUUCAAGCGGUCAGAUUAUUAUAAAAAUACACUUCAAAACACAUUCGCCGUCUGAGAUGGAUAAUGCCCAACAAAACUUACUGCAACCAGCAGCUGAGUCACAUGCACACACGGCAGCAAAUAAUGAUACUAAUCGUCGCUUAGUGGAUACAAAUUCGAAUAAGGUGCCGCACACAGAUGCUGGUGUUGUAGAAGCUGCUGGCAGCUCCAUUAAUUCAAUGUUGAACAAUAACAAUGUCCACAUCAAUAGCAGAGCGUCCCUUCCAAAUAAUUUAAAUGUUUUACGAAUAACGGAACCAUUGGUAGAACAGGAAGCGGAUUGCGCUGGUAACGUUGAGUAUUACGAGGUUACGGAAGAGAGCCCGGCUACAACGCAUAGCCGGCGGUCAGUGAGUAGUCGACGCCAGAAAGCCAAGUCGGCAUUUAUGAAUUUGAAAAGCAUGCUAGAAUCAUCAACAUCCUCCUCCGGCAGCAGUAAGUCGCAACUAAGCAAACUAUCGAAUAGUAGCAACAAUAAUCAUUGUAGCGACAGCAGCUCUAAGCAUUCACGUAACACUGCUCAAACGCCGCCAGUAGUAGCUGAGGCGCAUUUACGAAAAAAGCAAUUACGAGCGUCGAACAGUGAAGUAAGAAUGUCACUACCCACGGUCAGCUCUUCCACCUGUCAGCGUGAUAGUGCUGUUAGGAACGUUAAUUCUAUGACAACUUCCACCUCACAUACUCCUCCAACUCCAGUAUCAAUAACUACCUCAAGUGCAGCGUAUCCAACAACACCAACAGUGGCAGCAGCAAAUGAGCAGCUCGCCGUUUGGGCAUCCAACAAAGAUCUAAUAAUCUCUUCCAUAAAUGUAGUGGUUUAUCCAACGACGACAACAACGUCGGCGACAGCAACGACGAGUAAGCCAGCAGAGCGCCUAAUGGUAGCGGAAAUCGGAAACGGUAUUAGAACUGAAAGCGCGCAGGUCGAAGCGAAAUGCAGCAGUAAUCCACAAACAACUAGCGAAGGUCGCGAUCACACAAAUCCAACGCAAACUUCAGUGACGUCGCCUAUUGUACACUCACAAGUAGAUUUUGUACACUACCUCGUGCCAGAUUUGGAGCGCAUUUUCAAUUCGAGUUUUUAUUGGGGCAAAAUGGAUCGCUAUGAGGCCGAGCGUUUGCUUGAGGGCAAGCCUGAAGGCACAUUUUUACUACGCGACUCAGCGCAAGAGGAAUACUUGUUCUCGGUAACAUUCCGAAAGUACGGACGUUCGUUGCAUGCGCGUAUCGAACAGAGUGGACACAAAUUUAGUUUCGACUGUCAUGACCCAGCCGUAUUUAGCACAUCCACCGUAACCGGUUUAUUGGAACAUUACAAAGAUCCCGGCAGCGUUAUGUUCUUCGAACCAAUGCUGACCGUACCAUUCCAUCGCAAAAAAGUAUUCUCGCUACAGCAAUUAGCACGCGCCACCAUUGUAUCGAACACCAGCUAUGACGGUAUAUCCGAAUUGGAGCUACCAGUGCGUCUCAAAUCUUUCCUCAAGGAAUACCACUACAAACAGAAAUUGCGCGUGAAACUGCUCGAUGAAAGACUACUCACAUACACCUAGUGUCCGCUGAAUGCGGCCAAUUACCGGGCCGCCAUUGUAACCGGCACCAGUUGUGUGAGUGCCGGUGAUGCCGGUCGCAUAAUGUUGCAUGCAGCUACGUUUGAUGUAAAUGUGGGCGCUGCUAUUGGGCAUGGUAAUGUUGGGGUGGGAAGCAAUGCUGCCGCUCAUUUUGUUGAUGGUUUAGUGAAUAUGCGUGUGGUGUCUGUGGAGGCGCUGCAAGACCUUGUCGAUCUCGAAGAUCUGCAGCAUGCAAACACAUUCGUUACAUAUGUACAGCACUCCACUGUGGUGGAACAAUUGAACAGUGAUGCCGGUGUUUCCAUGAAGCGUCAACGACGUCAACAACUGCUAAAAAUACCGAAUCGCAUGACAGAAUUACUAAGCCGUGUAACAGCGAAUUUGAACUGUUACAACAAUGUGCAGCGUCAAAGAAGACACCGACAGCGGCAGCAGCAACAGCAACAGACAGAAGGCAUAUCAACGCCAAACCAACAACACUAAGCUAAACAACAAGCUACAUAUACAUAUAAAUAAAUUUAAGACAAUCCCAGUGAAUAUGAAAAUCAAAAUUGCAAGCAAAAACUCCAAACUGUGUGUGUGUGUGUGACGGACGAAAUGAACAAAGAAUACCUAUGCACAAUUACAACAGUAUCAAAAAGAAAAGCUCUAACGUCGCUUUACACACUCUUUUUUAAAUUGUACAUGAUGUGGUAUCAAAAUAGUAUUAAGCAGCAGUUAUGUGUUGGGAUGAAAUUUUGUUGUAACCAGUAAGCAGGCUGGGUUUAGGUAAAUUCAUGCUCAAAGCACGUUUGUAUUUACUCCCUCCACCCACUGGUUGCGCACCAAAAUGCAUUUGCGAAAAUAGUAUUUAUGCUAGUUAUCUGGUAGCUUAGUUUAAUGUUGAAUAUAAAAAAAAAAUCUAUUAAAAUUGUAUGUAAUAUAAAAUGUACAUAUAUAUGUAUAUGUGUGUGUUAUACGCUUGUUACUAUAUUAUAAUUCAUAGAAUAUUUUCGUUUAGUUCAUUUAAAUGUAAAAGCUAGUUUUAUAAUCAUAGUUAAUGUAAUUAUUUAUUUCGCCCAUAAAUAUGUGUGUAGUUUUAUUUAUUACAUAUCUGACAUUCGUACAUUAUGCGCUCUCGAUAAUCUCUUAUCAUGUCAUAACAAAUUUCUUUUCAUCCUUAAGAUUUAUUUAUUUAUUUUCCUUGUUAUAUUCGAUUCUUGCACAUCCAUUGAUUUUAGCAAUGUGAACAAAUUAUUGUUAAUGAAUGAAUGUACUUGGCAUUGCUACUGUAACUUUAACUUUUUGUUGCGGCGCGGCAAGUUUAAUAUUAUUAUUGUAAAUUAUUGUUAAAUGUCGACGAAUACAAAAAAACGCAGAGAAAGUACAAUAUACAGUUUGCAGUCACAGUGUUCAGCUGUACUUACAUAUCCAUGACUGUAAAACUGAAUUUAUUAUACAUAAAUACAAUUGUUUAAACUCGUCUUGAAAAAAAAAAA